ACAAAAGAAGAAGAAGAAACUGUCCAAUCAGCGGCAUGUUGGGAGGAACUAUCCCACCGACCAGGAGAGUGAACCCAAUCUGACAGUUUUCCUCUUUCUUCUUUGGUUUCUGUUUCUUGUCGCUUUUCAGCUUCUUGUAACAUGAAGUUGUGAGUAAUUAUUGUUUAAAACGUUUCCACUGUUCGGAAAACCCGGACACCUUCCAUUGGGUUCACGGCAGUUACUUCCCGGUGUUUAGCUUGUGUGGUUGGACCGGGGUGAGCCUGCAGAGAUGUCCGACAACGGUGGCUCGGCUGUCGGCCUCCUAUCCUAUGAGACGCUGGUUCAUGCUGUGGCAGGUGCAAUGGGGAGUGUGACAGCUAUGACCGUCUUCUUUCCUCUGGACACGGCCAAAAGCAGACUCCAGGUGGAUGAGAAGAGAAAGUCGAACUCAACUCCAGUCAUUCUGGCUGAGAUAGCAAAGGAAGAAGGCUUUCUGUCACUAUACAGAGGCUGGUUCCCAGUUAUCUCCAGCCUUUGCUGCUCCAAUUUUGUCUACUUCUACACGUUUAACUCGCUGAAGAAGAUGAUGGCAUCUGGUCCAGGCCAGUCCAGACCUGGGAAAGACUUGCUCAUUGGAAUUGUGUCAGGAGUGGUGAAUGUGAUCCUGACCACUCCCAUGUGGGUGGUCAACACUCGACUGAAGAUGCAGGGGGUAAAGUUCAGAAACGAAGACCUCCACCAGACUCACUACAAAGGCAUAUUUGAUGCUUUCUCACAGAUCAUAGCCAACGAGGGGGUGGGAACUCUGUGGAACGGCACUUUGCCCUCUCUCGUCCUCGUCCUCAACCCUGCUGUGCAGUUCAUGAUUUAUGAGGCCAUGAAGAGGAAGGCAGGCAGAGGAGGGAGGAAGAUAUCCUCGGCAAAGAUUUUUCUCAUUGGAGCCAUUGCCAAGGCCAUCGCUACCACUGCCACGUAUCCUCUGCAGACAGUUCAGGCCAUACUGAGGUUUGGCCAGUACAAAAGUGACGCCAAGGGUGGUGGUGUGAUGGGGAGCCUUUCUAACAUUUUGUUCCUGCUCAUGGACCGGAUCAAGAAGCACGGCGCUCUCGGUUUGUACAAAGGCCUGGAGGCCAAGCUGCUACAGACGGUACUGACGGCUGCCCUCAUGUUUGUUGUGUAUGAGAAGAUCGCUGCAGUGACCUUCAGAAUCAUGGGCAUGAACAAGAAACUGAAGCACUGAAGACGGCUACCUGAACACAGCAAACCAUCAGUGCACUCAUCCUCAGUAGGUUUAAAAGCCUGCUGAUGCUAUUACUAACAUUAUGAAUUGUUUCCGUCGCAUAGGCACAAUAAUAUGAGCCCGCAUUGGUGCCUUGGGAGCCCCACAUUCCUAUUCCAUUCCCAAAUUAUAUAACAUAACCAGAGGGGGGUUUAAUUAUUGCUGUUGUUAACCUUUAACUGCGAACAUCUGUGCAUACACAUCCUCUCCACUGGUGCAUUUCUCUUGGUUCAGCAUGAUCCUGCAGGGACUAAAGUUAACUGAGUUUAUGUGACAAAGAAAAACAUACAGACAUCAUUUAUUAGUUUGGUUUGCUGUAUAAUAUCUUCUAGUGUGAGGUGAGUUAUACAGGUCCUAUAUUGAGUAACUGUUUGAAAAGACAAAAGGAAAAAGAACACCUUUUAAAGAGCUGAACUUUCUACUGUUAAAAAAUAAGCUCUCUGUCAGGUGCUGAUUUAUUUUUAAACAGUUUAGGCAAAAGCACACACAAAUACACCUGUUUGCCCUCUUCCUGAGAGAUGAUCCUGGUUGCACUGAAAGACUGAUACAGCUCUCGUGGAAAUAUACAUGCUUUUUAAGAAAUUACUGGUUCAAAUCAAUGUGCCAGACUAGCUGCUUUCCCCUGGUCCCAGUUUUUGUCAUGAGGCUGCUGUAGUUUCAUAUUUCACUAUAGGAGAUGAAUGAUAUUUGUCUUUACAUUUACAUUUUCAUAUGAAUUUGAAAAAGUGUAUUUCAAUUUAAGACUUUUACUUAAUGUUUGAGCUUUAUUGCACGUGAUGAUAAGUUUACUGCUGCCUUAAUCUAAACCACUGGACCAUUCUUUACAUACACUUAAGUUUUUAACUGUGAAUUUAUCCAGUUGUGAAAUCCUGCAAGAUGGAAACCUCAUUAAAUUAAUUUAAUAUAAAUUGAGGGAAAAGCACAGUGAAUAUGUGUCCGCACAUGCUGCAGUAGUUGUAGGUACCAAGUGCCUCUGAACGUAAUGCAUUAUGAAAAAAAAAAACUGUAUGAACUGAUAUACAGACGGGUGACAAAUUAAAGGAAAAAACCAAGCUAAAAAUCUUAGUUGUGCAUGUAUUUUCAUCAAGUCUUUGGACCUUUAAAGGGAUAAACAGUAUUCUUCCAAAGGACAUACCCUCAUUAUGUUGCUGGUGGUGGAGUACAACGACUAACACCUACACACAAAUUCUCUCAAAUUGGCUUGUUUUGUGAUCUUCUGACUGCAAAAGCUGUAGCUUCUGAUUCUUACGGUGUGUUCAUGAAACCACUCAGAGUAUAAUAUUUCCUCACUGCAGGAAUUAGGUUUGUUUCCCCCAUAGACUGAAUAUAAAACGUGGAUGGAGCCACUAUCAACCACUGAUUAGCUUUGGGCUCAGCAUUUUAAGGUUUUGGCUGCUAAAAUGUUGUUGUUAUCAAGUUUUGGUGGUUUUUUGAGCUUUGAUAGUUUACUACUGGUGAGAUUAUUACACAACAAAAGACACCAAGGCCACAAAAGCUGGUUAAGCCGAGCAGACAUCUGUGUCGGCACGUACCUGUAACUCAGCGUGGCCACACCUCUUACUUUUGAGCUUUUGUAAAGUUUAUAUAAGAAAGCAACCAUGUGAAGCUAUAAAGACUGGGGCUAACAGGUUAUAAAGACAAAAAGAAAUUGUAUCAGGUUGUAAACACGUUUAUUUUUGUUGUAAAGCUGGGCAUUUUAACAUCAAAGGUUACAGGGUUUUGACUCUUUUGAAGCCAGUCUCACUCUCACUCUAAAGAGCUGCAGGUUUUGGCACUUUUUCCUUUUUAUGCUUGUCGAUGGUUUAAUUCUUUUUUUUGUCACUCGUUUGUAAGUUAUUCAGUGACUGUUGAUCUACACAAACACUUGAUUUUUUCUACUGUUUUCAAUAUCACAGUGUUUGAUGUGCACACUUUUUCUUUCACACAGAUGUCUUCCAUUAUUUCUAUCAGUUCCCUGCGAGUAGUGUAAACUUGUAAAGGAUCGCAGUGAUUCACAGUAUUUGUCACAGUACUUUCUCUCUCUAAUGUGGUAAAUGACAGUUAAUGCUGCCUUUCAACUUGAUGCCAGUUGACAGUUGAUCCACUCCUCCUGCUGCUGUUGUUGUUAAACUAGUUUUUCUCUCUUUACGUCUUGGUUAUAACCAAGAGAGGCGCUUCCUUUUAACACCGUAGCACUUAGACCUUUUAUUGUACUAUAGCCAAGUGACACAUUUACCAGAUUUCAGCUCCUCUGUAAGUUGUCACUUACUUUUGGUAGCAGUUAGGAAAAACAGCUCCAACUGUUUUUUUUUUUUUGUUGUUGUUUUUUUUAAUUAAAGCUUUACAAUUUUGCUUUUUAUAUUUUACAAAAUGAACUUUGUUUACAUCCAGUUCUUAUCUGAUAUCAUCUUGACUCAUUUACAAGAAAAAAACCAAACCAAAACGCAGAUUUUCUAAUUUUGUUUAAAUAAACAUUACAGUGUUUGUGGGUUUUAAAUUAUUGUUAUAACCAGGGAAUAAUAAAGAUUGAGAAACAA